GCAGCGUCCGUCCCAGCCUGCCGGCGGCGCCGGGCCUCGGCGUUAGCUCGUACCGGGGCUGCGAGGGCAACGGGGCGGCGGGAGGGUCCCGCUUCACCGCUCGCCGCCCGGCAAUACCCGCGGGGUGGCGAGGGGGCUCGGGCCGUUCCCGGGCAGGUCCCCACCAGGAGGGUCCUGGGUUGCAGAGCCCGGCCCGGCAGUCGGGCGCGCUCGGAGCCGCGGCUGGAACGCGAACUCCCUGCCCGGGUGGGGAGAGGCGGGACCCGGCUGCGGGUGCCCGGGGGACGCAGGGACUGGCUCACCCGCCUCUGCCCUGGGCUCCCGCACUGACCCUUUGGGCACGUCUACGAGGUCUGUGCCCCGGCUGCUCGGGCGGGAGGCACUGGAGAGCCCCGGGACCGUGGUCCCUGGGCCGGCACUGCCCGGCACCCCCGGCUCUGCUUUCGCUGGGCUGGGGUCGAGUUUGGUCUCACCCGUGUGCCCCACGUGUCCGCUCCGGCCUCCCAGGGCCUUGCGGGGCGGGUGCCAGCCCCGCGUCACACGCGGAGUCCGUUUCUGCCCGCCGGCACUCCUCCUGCCAGGGGCAGCGCGGCGGGAUGCCGGGUCUCCGCCCUCUCCGCCGGUGCUCGCAGGUGCCCAUGGGGGUCUCCGAGCAUCGCCCCGCUCUGCCGGGCAGGACCCGCGGCUGCAUGGCUUGCGCAGUUAGCAGUGGCGAGCGAGACCCCAGCACAGCCUCCUUCACAAGCGUCUACUCCAGGAGCUGAGACCCUCACCCCGGGGUCGGGGCACCCUCUGGCCCUGUGCGGAUGCGCUUCGCGAGGGGCUUCUGCCCUCCUGGGGACCCGGUACGGUCCCCGGGGCACCCGCUCCCCAGCGCCCUGGGCACAGCGGGAGCGGCGGGGCCCUCGCCGGGGUCUGCACGGCCAGCAUGGAGCAGCGAGCAGAGCCACCAGAGCAGAGAUCUGCAGGACCCACCACGCACCCACAGCCCAAGGAGGGGACACUGUGGGGGCUCCUCACCAUCCUCUCACUGCUGGCUGGGCUGGCUGCAGGCACCCUGCGAACCCCACACUGCAACGAGACGCUGGAUGCAGCCCCAACGCCACGGAGCAUGGCCACUGCCAGCCCGGCUGUGGAGGAUGCCCUGGAGGUACCGCUUGCUGCAGCCUGGAGCCAGCUGUAUGGGGACAACGCGACGACGAGUGGCCCAGGUGCUGCAGAGCUAGCAGAGGACCUGCUGCUGCGUGCCGAGCGCUCGCCACCAGGCACUGGCAAAGCCAAGAAGGGGGCAAAGAAACCUUCCCGGGGGGGGCGUGGGCGCAACUGCCACAUCCGCAACCUGAUGGUGAAGGUGCGAGACCUGGGCCUGGGCUUCAACUCGGACGAGAUCGUGCUCUUCAAGUACUGCAGCGGGUCCUGCCACCGGGCGCGCAGCAACUACGACCUGACGCUGGGCAGCCUGCUGCGGCAGCAGCUCAUCACCCCGGGGCCACAGGAGCGGGUCCUCAGCCACCCCUGCUGCCGGCCCACUCGCUACGAGGCCGUCUCCUUCAUGGACGUACAGAACACAUGGCAGACAGUGGAGAAGCUCUCGGCGGCCGAGUGCAGCUGCAUUGGCUGAGAAGGGGGCAUCCAGCUCUGCUCCCGCUCGACGCAGGCUGGCAGACCCCGGAUUGCCAGCAGAUCCCGUCUUGCCGCACACAGUGGCGCUGGCGCUCAGAGGAAGGGUGUAGCAGAGGCCGGUGCCCCCGUUUUUACGUGGCCACGAGGGACCGAGGGGAGAUGGAGCCGUGACGGGGAAUGGGUGGCUGAGCCCCAUCCUGCUCAGUGCCAAGCAGCUGGUGCCACCGGCUACGUGGGAUCCUGCCCCAGUGCGCCCUGGCUCAGCCCUGGGAGAGGAGCUGGAGGGGGUAUGGAGCAUCCCUGCAGCUUACAGGGGUCUGCCAGCCCAGCGUCCACCAGCAGCACCCAGCUUGCCUGCACCCUUCCUGGACUGCUGCUCCCGCACCCCUACUUUAGAGGAUCUGGGGACAGGCAUCACCCAAGCUUCAGGGUGGGACAGAAAGACGACAAAACCUCCCUGUCCCCUCGGGCACCCUGGGAGUGGCGGCGGCUGGAGCUGCCCUGCAGGGAGGAGGCAUCCCUGAGGACAGGGGUGCAGCGGGGUGGGGGAUCUGCACCCCAUGUGCUUCACAGACACCCAUCGGCUCCCGGGGGGGCGGCAGGGACCCCCCACCGUGCUGCAGCACUAAACUAUUUAUUACUCUAAAUUAUUUAUUUAUUGUUCUCGAGCAGCAGCUCCUAUUUAUGACUUUGGGCCCCCGGGGGCCGGGUGUAAUUUAACCCCAGCGCUGCUGCGAAGCCCCGGGCAGCGCCCCGGCUCCGCGCCCCCAGCCCCCGUUUUGUUUUCUACUAUUUGUAAAAUGGGAGGGAUAAACUCUAUUUUUGUACAGCCGCCUUUUCCGGUAGCAAUAAAGCGAUGGGCCGCGCGUCCAGCCCCUG